AUGCUUUUGAUGAUUAUUUGGGCUACAUGGAGGAAUCGGAAUGCAAAAGUGUGGGAUGGGGAUGUCAAACUUGCCUCCAAAGUGGUACCCAUUAUUCUAGGUUGGUGGGAGGAAUAUAGGGCAGUUCAUGCUUUAGCAAAGGUACCAAGACCGGUAACGCAUGAACUGUGGAAGAAGCCCCCCGUGGGCUUGGUGAAACUUUAUGUUGACGUUGCAUUUGAUAAUGUUACAGGUUGUACUGGGGUGGGUGGGAUCUUUCGAGAUUCCAGGGGCUCUUGUGUAGGAGGAUUCAGGCACUAUGUAUCGAUCUCAAACUCAGCUAGGCAUGGGGAGCUCCUUGCUUUGCUAUAUGGGGUCAAGCUUGCAAUUGCCCAUCAUUUUGUUCCCCUGAUGGUGGAAAUAGAUUGUCAAGAUUUGGUCACUGCGAUUGAGAGCUCUAGCUUGAACUGGACUGAGUUGGGUUUCUUGGUGCAUGAUCUUGAGGAGUUGUUGAAGGCUGCUUCCAAUGCCCAGGUUUGUUAUGUUCACCGUAGUGCAAACAGGGUUGCUCAUACCCUAGCUCAAAAGGCCAAACAUGGUUCUUUUUCUUUGAAUUCUUUCAUUGUAUCUCCUCCAAGAGUGGAGGAACUUAUAAUCUUGGAAUGUAAUGACAUUUGA